AUGCAAACGAACGGCGCCGGCUUUCGGAAAAAGGAGCCGAUUUCCAGAGGUGUUGAGUGUGCCUCAUGUUCUGUUGCUUCCUACUCGUGCGCGUUGGAGGCUUUGGGUUCCGAUGAUUGCCCAAACCGGAAGAGCUGUGCGAUGGACAAAUACGUCGGCAAGUGGAAGAUCACGAGAUGCAUUCCGUUGACCCUGUGCGAGUCGGUAUCGGAUGAUUUGGAACGGGUUGAAUUCGAGCUGACGGAGAACGGCGACGUGGAAUGGAAAGGACCGCCUUGUGUGAAGGACCUGCCACUAUUUCAUUGCUACAAAUACGAGCUCAUUCAUGGCAGUUCUUCGUGGGAUUCGCCGGUGUUGCAAUUUGGAUUCUACGACUCGCACGUUAUUGAGGUCAAGGCCUCGUGCUGCUCCACCCCGGGGGCCAGCAAACAUCAGAUUGAUCAGUCCGUUAGGCGGAACUUGUUGAUGCUGACUUAUGAAAGCUUAUGCAUUUUGCAAUGUGAGCGACGGAUUCCGACCGAAAAUGAUAUCUUGGCUAAAACCACAUGUUUUUCGCUUGUUCCGGCCUUGGAAAAAGGGUACUUUUCUGACCUUUGUCUCGUCAAUGCGACCGGCGACAGAAAGUUUGAUGUGCACCGAUGCAUUUUGGAGUCUGCAUUACCGGGUACUAGUUGGGAAGACGUUGCGAGUUUGCUGAGCAGUUUUCCUGCGGAAGUUUUGUCCACUGCUUUGCACUAUGUUUAUUCGGAUUGUUUGCCAAUUAAUUUGACUGAAACCACUGCACAGCAGUGCUUGAAAUUUACCGAACCUUCUCCAACUGCAGCGUCACCCUUGGAAGGUCUCCAUACUUUGUGUGGAUCUUAUUUGAGGAACUUGUCUGUGCAGUCGAAAUUGGAAAGAAUUUGUGAUGUUGUGGAAGCAAGUUCGGGAAAAGUGGCCGCUUGUUUUGGUCCUGAGUUCAACAGUCUCGGAGCUCAGAGUGGAUCCGAAGUUUUGGCGACUUUUCCAGCGAAAUUUGUGGAUGGUGUGAAAACGGUGCUGAAAGAGACUGCAAUAACCGUAAUUCAUAUGUUCUACUUCUGCGACUUGUUGUGCCGAGAGAAGCAAAAUCUGGGAUUUGAGGAGCUUGGUAAAGGAGUUAGAUAUGCGCAGAAAUUGUUACCGACCGUGCUUAGCAAUUACCGAAGUUGCUGCAGAAAUCUCUCAUCAGCAUUGUCUCCUUUGUCCUCGCGGAAGAAACUUGACAUUGCUGCUGUUAUUGUUCAGGAGUUCGAAUUUUUGGCCUUCGACUCGUUAGCGUCGGUUUUGGAAGAAAUCCAUGCGAUCCUGCAAAGAGUCAGUUCAGCAUGGGAGAAUCGGCUUGGGAGUGAUCAUGUUGAUUUGAGCGCUGGUUCGGUAUCUGGCUCCCAGGGAACUUCUUUUCAAUCUUUCUUGGGUAGUGCUAUUCAUAAGACUCUGAUAAUGCAAGAGCUGAUGCGGAUUAGAGAUGCUUGCGACAAAAUCACGUGCAUGUCGUUGUACUUCAUUGCCAAGAAAGAUCAUUAUUUAAGGCUCUGCGUUGCGGAUAAGGUCAAGUGUGUGGCAUUGGGUUUGGAAGAAUUGCUCAUGGAGUUGCCGUGGUUCAGUGUCAGACUUGGUGACUUGGUCCAAGUUUCGAAGGCGGAGUACGACGCCGUUUGUUUCAAUUUUUGCUUCCAGUUGGCUGUUGAAAAAUUUGCCUUUAUGCUGUCCAAUUUACGAGAUCACAAGGCGAGCAUUCAGGCUCUGAUGUCCCAGUUGGCCUCGUUGGUGCAGCGGGAAGAAUUUUACACGGCGUUGGUUGAGUUGGAGUUGUUAGAUUCUCGAUUGUCUGUUGGAAGCGACGCCGGCCAAGACGCAGGGAGACCGAGUAGCAGUGGAGCAUCCGUACCGAGGAACUCACCACCGGUAUUUGCCCAGAAGAAGCUUGUUUUUUUGGACCUGGUGGCGAGUUUAUGUCGUCCGCCUGCAUCAAGUGACUCAGCAACGAGGCUGUUGAAGCUGUUGGAAUCAGGAGCUCAUGCCGACAUGGAGUUUCAUAUUGUGUGUGGCAGUGGAGAUUACCUUUGUUUCCCUGGUCUGAUGGAAGUUUGCGCUUCGAAUCACGAGGAGGAGCAGAAAGUAAUCAAAAUUAGGGCACAUCGCGUUAUUGUUGCUUCAAGAUGUGAUUGGUUCCGAAGAGCAUUGACUUCGGGCAUGCAGGAAGACAUCUUGCGUCGAAUUGUGAUCCACGACACUUCACCUGGCGUUUUCCGAGCUUUCCUCGAGUAUCUGUAUUCUGGACGAUUGAAUCAGACGGAAGCAGCGGACGAAGGUUCAGCCCCAUGGAGUUGUGAUCAGUGGGCCGAAUUGUUGUUGCUUAGUGACCGCUACGAAUUGCCAGGAUUGACCGUCGCCUGCGAGACCAUCUUGAUUCGUUUCAUCAACCCGGAAACUGCUCUCUUCUUGCUUUCCAUUGCCGACCAGUGCAAUGCGUACAGUUUGAAGACUCAUUGUUUGAGUCAAGUGACGAGCGAACCCAGUUUGAGAGACUCAGAAGAUUUUGAAAAGUUGAGGCCGGAGUUGCAAGCUGAAGUUGACGAAGCCAUAUCAAUUUGGUUGGGUGCCGGAUGCGGUUCAUCUGGAAUUUACUAUCGGAGCAAACGGAUUGGAAACAUGCAUGGAGCCAGUUUGGAGUCGCGUAUGCAAUCAAUGACUAUUUCCAGUUCCAGUGCUGCUCGGAAAGCGCGUAGAGCUGCGAAACGUGCUGCGAGGCGCGAUUAUUUGGAGAAACAAGCAGGAAAAUUAGAGUUGGCGGGAAACCGUCACUAUCCCCGCGCGACGAAAGCCCGGGACACGAAAGCCCCGCCAUACCCGCGCACAGCUGUAACGAAAGCCCCGCCCAAACUUUUUUUCAGGACUGGUAGUCUUUGGUAG